UCUGGGUGUGUGUGUGGGGGUGUGUGUGGGGGUGUGUGUGUGUGCAGCAUCAUGGACACAGAAUACUCUAAGCGGGUCUACCAGGGCGUCCGGGUGAAGCACACGGUGAAGGACCUGCUGGCGGAGAAGAGGUCGAGGCAGACGAGCGGAACCAGAUACAACGGCGGCUCGCCCACACCUCCGUCCUUCGUCCAGAUGUCAGGCUCUCACAUGCUGCCCAGUUACUACGGCAUGAGGCGUCCCUUCAUCUCAGACUCAGACUUCUGCCCCUCCACCAAACAGUUCUCCCCCGACGUAUUCUCUCCAUCCCUGGCCGGUAAAGCUCUGGAGCCGUCGGCCAUGAGCGGCUACUCGUCCUUCAUGGACUACUACCCCGAGACCUUCGGCGACUACCGCAGCGCCGCCGCCUUCGGAGGCGCCGCGGGCUCCUUCCUGCCGGCGGCGGCGCUGUCGUCUCUACUGCCUCCGUACGGAGGAGAGGCCUCCCACCUGUACCUGAGGGACUCGUGGGAGCAGUCGGCCCCGGAGCCGGUCCCCCAGGCGGAGGCCCUGUGUCCGGACGGCCUGGCCUCCGUCAGCGCUCCGCCCUCCAUGCCCAGCCCGGAGGCCCCGGGGAGCCCCUCCCACUACCGCUCCCCGAGCCGCGCCUCCUCCAUGGGCAGCCAGCCCUACACCCUGCACCCCCUGGAGGAGGCGCACUACCACGCGCUGACCACCAGCGGCUCCUACCCGGGGGGCCCCUCCUCCUCCUUCCCCUGCCCCUCCUACAUGGGCACCCCCAUCAGCGACCUGGUGACCAAGAUGGUGACGGAGGAGGCGUCCGACGGCGGCGCCGGCCUCCCCCCCGGCGGAGAGGCCUCCUGGGCCAAGGAGGACGGGGUGAGCUCCUGGUCGCCCUACGAGAUCAGGAGGGCCUACUGAAGGGGGUGGAGCCUCAGACUGCGACAACACAAACUCUCCAUCGGACAAUAUGCCGCUCCACGAGGAGCCGGGAGGGAGAGCUCCGACCUGACGGAGGCCUCCGCCCGUUUUCGCUGGUUUGGUUUGUAUGAAGAGACUAAAAGUUCAACUUGUGGUGACGGAGCGACGCGUGUUCAGGACGUAGAGAUGUGUGUUCACCUGGCAAUGUGUGUUAAACAUAUCUAUUACAUAUUAUUAAAUAUUCAGAUGCCAAAUGGUGGAAAGCAGA